AUGAACGCCGAGCAGCUCACUCACUACCUCGCUGAUGCGCCCCCGAGCGUGGUCAGACUCGAGAUCGAGAAGCACUUUGAGCCCCUCACCGACAAACAGAAGCGUUAUGCCCAUUUCAUCAGCAAAGCCUCAUUCGCCGGCACCCGCAUCGUCCUCAGACAGAUCUCCCCGGAGUCGGAGCCCAUCUACAACUACAUCAUUGCCCUCCACAAGGCCAGCGGCGGUGAUUGGAACUCCCUCGCCAAGAAGGCGGGUGUCAAUGAAGCCCAAUUGACCCACUUCCUCGAGUAUGCCGCUCAAUUCCUCGGAAACAAUGGCAACUACAAGAGCUUCGGCGACUCCAAGUUCAUCCCCAGAGCUGAUGAGAAGACGUUUGCUGCUCUCGCCUCUACCUCUCCCGAGGCGGAGAAGUUCUACAAGGCCACCAACGGUGGCAUUUUCAGCGCCGAAAAGCCCGGCCUGAUGCACCUCGGCUUCCCGGACAAGGGCCACCUGACAACCUACUACCCUGAUUCUCCCGACAUCACCCAGGCUGAGAUUGAGGCUGUAUCUGGCUGGAUGGAGAAGAAGGGUCUUUUGCCCGAAAACACCAGGCUCCGCAAGACGAAGGAGGGCAACUUUGAGAUGCUCAUUGCGUCCGCUGUCACUAGCGUUCCCGAGGAGGGAGGUGACAUUGGAAAGGAGACUGAGUUCCAGAUUGAGGAUGGCCCUCUCAAGGGCAAGACGAUCAAGCUUGUCUACGGCGACUACGCCGAGGAGAUGAAGGCUGCUGCCGAGUACAUCGCGAAGGCAGGCGAGAACGCCGACAACGAGACCCAGGCUAAGAUGCAUGCGGCCUACGCCAAGUCGUUCACCACGGGAUCUUUGGAGGCCUUCAAGGACAGCCAGAGGUAUUGGAUCAAGGACAAGGGUCCGAUGGUCGAAGCUGAUCUUGGUUUCGUCGAGACCUACAGAGACCCUGCUGGUAUCCGUGGUGAGUGGGAGGGUUUCGCCUCCGUCGUCAACAUGGAGCGCACACGCGCCUUUGGCGGCCUCGUCUCAGCUGCUCCUAAACUGAUUCCUAUUCUCCCCUGGGAUAAGGAGUUCGAAAAGGACACCUUCUUGGCGCCGGAUUUUACUUCUCUGGAGGUUCUGACAUUCGCUGGAUCGGGCAUUCCUGCUGGAAUCAACAUUCCCAACUACGACGAUAUCAGGCAGAACGAAGGAUUCAAGAACGUCUCUCUCGGAAACGUCCUCAGCGCCAAGGCACCCAACGAGAAGAUUCCUUUCAUCUCCGAUGCCGAUCUGGAGCUGUACCAAAAGUACAGGGAUCCUGCCUUCGAGGUGCAGGUCGGCCUCCACGAGUUGACGGGCCACGGCUGCGGUAAGCUGCUUCAGGAGACUUCUCCCGGAACCUAUAACUUUGAUGAGAAGAACCCGCCCGUCAGCCCCUUGACCAACAAGCCUGUCACCACGUGGUACAAGCCCGGCCAGACCUGGGGCUCAGUAUUCGGCAGCAUUGCUGCCUCAUACGAGGAGUGCCGUGCCGAGCUGGUGGCCAUGUAUCUGGGAUGCGAAUUCCCCGUGCUGCAGAUCUUCGGCUUCGGCGAUGGCACCACUGACAUCAACAACGAGGCCGGCAACGUCCUGUACGCCGCCUACCUGCAAAUGGCCCGCGCUGGUCUGGUCUCUCUUGAGAUGUGGGAUCCCACGAGCCAGAAGUGGGGACAGGCUCACUCUCAGGCCCGCUUCUCGAUCCUUCAGUGCUUCCUGCAAGCCGGUGACGACUUCUGCAAGCUCGAGUACAAGAACGAUGAUCUGUCCGACCUGGAAAUCAAGCUUGACCGCUCCAAGAUCCUGACGACCGGUCGUGAGGCCGUCGGAAAGUACCUCCAGAAGCUUCACGUCUACAAGUCCACUGCCGACGUUGAGAACGGUAUCGCCUUCUACAAGGAGAUGACCAACGUCGAGAAGGAAUUCUGGGGCACCAAGGUCCGCAACAUCGUUCUCAAGAACAAGCAGCCCCGCAAGGUCUUCGUCCAGGCGAACACGUAUCUCGACGAGGCCACCGGCAAGGUUAGCAUCAAGCACUACGAGGCGUCCCCGGCUGGCUUGAUCCAGAGCUGGGUCGACCGCGACUUGUGA